GGAUGCUUUCAGAGUUUGGAGAAACUGAAGUGUUAUGGAUGGAUAGUAUUCGGACUCAUUGCUAUGUGAUAGUAGGGCUCAUCGUUAAUCUUAGUGUUCCAUUUUGCAGACAGGCAAUUACUAGACAUGACUGGACCUAUUACUUUAUAAAACAUACUCACCAACAAUGAUUUUGUAUCUACUAUAAAUGAAUAGUUCAAAGAUACAGCAGCAGCUCAAAAGGCAUAUGCUCAAGUGGAUGGGCAAGUCUUUCCAAAGGAAACCGGUAGACCUCUAGAACCUCAUUUCA